GAAAUGCCUCAGAGCUUUCAUAUUGUGUCAGAGUCCUGGAGGAGCUCAGAGCAGCGCUGGACUGUGCUGCAGACCUACACCGGGGCUACACUGGGACUACACUGGGACUACACCUGGACUACACUGGGACUACACUGGGACUACACUGGGACUAAACCUGGACUACACUGGGACUACACCACAACUACACUGAGAUUACACCAGGACUACACCAAGACUACACCGGGGCUACACUGGGACUACACUGGGACUACACCUGGACUACACUGGGACUACACCGGGGUUACACUGGGACUACACUGGGACUACACCACAACUACACUGAGAUUACACCAGGACUACACCAAGACUACACCGGGGCUACACUGGGACUACACUGGGACUACACCUGGACUACACUGGGACUACACCGGGGUUACACUGGGACUACACUGGGACUACACCACAACUACACUGAGAUUACACCAGGACUACACCAAGACUACACCUGGGCUACACCGGGACUACACAGGGACUACACUGGGACUACGCCUGGACUACACAGGGACUACACUGAGACUACGCCUGGACUACACUGGGAUUAGAGCAGAACUGCACCAGGACUGCAGCAGCUGUCAUGGAUCUUCACGCUGGUUUAAGCGGCGGGAGGAUGUGUGUGGCCGGGCUCUUCCUCUGGUGCCUCCUCUUGGGCGCUCUGGACGUCCGUGCUCAGAGAGGCUGUGAGGAGCUCCCUGUGUUCAGUCCGUCUCCACUGGUGGUGAAGCGCGGAGACUUCGCCACAGCCACAUGCUCCAUCUGCAACAACUCCUGUGACUAUGAGCUCCGCUUGGAGGAGGCCUAUCAGUCCAGCUUCGAGAGAGGGAACCAAAUGGUCUGGAACAUCUCCAGUCUGAGACUGCCGUGGAGUGUCAAUAUAUUGUGUUAUAUAUUUGACAGAAACUGUACACCUGUUUCUCUGGAUGUGAUCGUUUACAAGCCUCCAGAGAAUGUGUCUGCGAGCUUUAAAAAUCGCUCAGGGUCUUCGCUGGAGAGCCCCUCUGGGCCCCUGAAGGAGGGCCAGGUGUACUGUCUGCAGUGUGAGGUGGAGGCCGUGGCUCCUGCUCAGAACAUGACGGUGACCUUUUACAGGGACUUCAGGGAGCUGCUUGUCAUGAGAAGCAGCAAAACAGAGAAACAUCCAGUGAGCGAGAGCUUCUGUCUGGACUACAGUGUGAGCAAAGAGGACCAUGGGGCCACCUUCUGGUGUGAGGCCAGACUGGAGCUGGGACCUGCGGGUCCACAGUCCCCUCCAGUGGUCAGGUCACACAACAUCACGGCUGUCGUGCACUAUGCGCCGUACAGUGAGGGCCCCGAGGAGCCACAGCUCCUCACUGUGAACCAGGGCCAGUCAGCUGAGCUGGUCUGCAGAGCUGAGGGGAACCCCCCGCCUCUGUACAGUUGGAGCCUCCCCUCAGGCUCCGACUACAGGGGCCCUGUGCUCAACAUCCCCUCUGCCUCCUCCCAGCAUGAGGGCCCCUACACCUGCACCGCCUCCAACGCUUUAGGGGCCGUCAAUAGGAGCUUCACUCUCACAGUGCACGAUGUGACGACAACAGCAGCACCAGCGGCCCCUACCACGACCACAGCAACACCAUAUGUUUGCACGAUGAGCGCAUCAACAUCGGUGGUACCGCAGAAGACAACAGUGAUACCAGAGACAACAGCAGCUACAGCUGAACCAGUGCCCAGUGUAAAACCUACAGAAAAGAACUGUGCAGGAGAAUCAUCCUUCCUCCACCACAGCCUCUGCACCUCCAUCUUUGUCUGGGUGUGCUGGAGGGUCGUCUCCCUGCUCUGAACCUCCGGCUCUCUGCGGAGCUGCAGGAGAGAUGGGGGGAACAGUGAAGGAAUGAAAAAAGGAAAAAGUUCAUCAAUUCAAAUUAGGAAGUAGCUCGUUGUUGUAGUAGGCUUGUAGUUAGCAGUAGUGAUAGUAAAUGCACAGACAGUUUACACACAAGGACCACAUUUCUGUCUGUCCAUUUAACAAAAAAGGUGUUGUGAUUUUUCAACAAUUUUUAGUAUAUCGCAGAUGUCUAUCCAGGAAGUAAAAAACACCAAAUUGUCAAAGUAGGAAAAUUUGAAAAAAAAAAACAACAAAACAAAACAAAACAUAAAUCUGUUAAGCCCAAAGUCUUUGUUGGGACACAUCCUCGGGAGAGGAGAAGUACAGAUAUACUGAAGGUUUUCUCAUCAUGUACAUAGCCCACAUGGAUGAUCUUCUCGGUGUCUAAAUGAAGCUAAGACUUGAUGCUUUCUGUCUGGAGUUGAAUAAUGACAUCAUAUAACAUGACCAAUAAGUACACUUGGCUCAAACACAACCCUUUCAUUUUCACUGGACAAAAAAUAUAAAAUUAAACUGAAAAUAGUCUUAAACUUAAAAAAAAAAAAAAAAAAAAAAAAAAAAAAUACAUAUACCUUCUGGGACACCAAGGAAUUGUAAAAACAACAUGUAGUCAUCUCAAUAAAUGAUUUGCCAAAUACACAUUUGACACUGUUUUUAGUAGGAAAAGCCAAUAUGGUGCCCCUCUGCUACCCAUGUGCCAAUUGGCAAAUCAUUUAUUGAGAUAAAAGGGAGAUAAAAGAGAUAAAAGGGAGAGGCCGAUGGCACAGAUUGGCAGCCUAGCUUCCGUCAGACUGCCCCAGGACAGCUGUGGCUACAGUGGUAGCUCGCUACCACAAAGUGUGGAUUGAAUGAAUCUGAUCUGUAGAGUGUCAGGUGUCUUGAAAGGCGCUCUAUAAAUGCAAUGAUUAAAAGCAAAUUAUGAUACACAAGGACAGUAAAUAAAACAUUUUCAGAUAAUUAUAGUCUCAAUAUGACCCCCCAAAAAAUCUAUAAAAUAAAAUAAUAAUAAUUAAUGAAUGAUAUUGUAAUAUUGUUAAUUCUCAAAUGUUCAUAAUUUCCACUUUCUGCUGGUAGAGUGACAUAUAGGCACUCUCUUCUUUCUCUGGUUUUGUUGGAUUGUUUUUGUACAUUUGCAUGGUACAUGGCAAUGAUGCUAAUGCUAACACAACAAAAUGGCCGCCAGCAAGCCACAUAUGAGGGCGAUGGGGCGAGGCCACGGGAGCUGGGAGGAGCCACGGGGGGUUGGGCGGGGCCACAAGCUGAAAACAAUAUGAGAGUACCUCAGACUGUGGUCAUUAUUUACAUGCCUGGUUUAGACAAAACAUUGAGUUUUAAGUCUGGAGAAACAAGUUUUAAUGUAAAAACAGCAAAGGGGAUUUUUUUUUUAAUAUAUAAUUUUGCCUAUUCUGGCUGCACUUUUUGACUUCUGGUUUGGUUAUAUUUGGAGAUAAACAUGUAUGGUAUUGAUGGAUGCAGGUGAUUUUAUGUUUUACAUUGCUAUAUAACUUUCAUAUGUACACAUACAUUAGAAUUGUUUUUUGCAAAAGCUUAGUUUAAAAGUCUAUUAUUAAACAAUGCAGUUAGGUUGUGACAUUUGGGGACAUAUUUGCUCUUAAAUUGAGCUGUGUUCAUUUAAUGUGAAAAUGACAGAUCUGGCUGUUCUGCUGAGUUUCCUCUGAAUACAUACUGUAGAUAUACGGCAUAUUGGAGUUGCUCUUAUCAGAUUUUUUAUGGCAGUGGCAGUGGGUGGGAUCUGGGUGGGAUCUGGGCCCAUGGGUGGGCCAUUGAGCUUAAGGGGUCUUAAGUUAACUGUCCAGUCUGUCAUAUGCACCUUAAGGAUUGGUUGUCACAGUGCACAGAAGCCCUCGUCAUUAUAGAUAUUUUAUGAAUCUGUUUGUUUUGUUUUUUUAUUCUUUGUUUUGCUCGAAGUACAACUACAAUCUCAACAGGACCUGGACUAAACUAGGACUAAAUGACGAGAAUAAACCAGGGCUAAACUAGAACUAAACCUGGUCUGAUACGGCACUAGAACAGAACAGUCUGAAACAGGAACAAAUCAUGUCAAAAUGAUGUAUAUCAAGGCUAUGCUGUGACUAAACCAGGUCUAAAACUGGUACCCAGCACGUCUUCAUUGUUCAUGAUAUUUCAGAUGUUUUCAAAUGUACUUGUCCCACAUUCAGUGUGUCACUCACUCACAGGAGAAUAAAGAGUUCAUGAAACCA